AUGGCUUUCUCUAGUCUUCUCAGAUCUGCGCCCGCCGCUCCUCUUAUUGAAGCUUCCCGCUCCGACUUCUCUCCUUCGCCGUCCGAUCGAUUCAAGGUUUCAAGCGUUAGUUUUAACUCUUCGAAGAGCAUUUUUGGUGCUUCAGUUCCAACAGGGUCUUCUUCCUUACAGACAUGCAGCGAAAGGAGCAUCCAACCCAUCAAGGCCACAGCUACUGAAAUGCCCCCCACAAUAUUAAAAUCGCGGGCUGAUGGAAAGACAAAGAUUGGAAUCAAUGGUUUUGGUCGUAUUGGUAGAUUGGUUUUGCGAGUAGCAACUUUCAGAGAUGAUAUUGAUGUGGUGGCAGUGAACGAUCCUUUCAUUGAUGCUAAGUACAUGGCUUACAUGUUAAAAUAUGAUUCUACUCAUGGCGUUUUCAAUGGAACCAUCAAGGUUUUGGAUGAUUCCACCUUGGAAAUCAAUGGGAAACAAAUCAAAAUUACUAGCAAAAGGAAUCCUGCAGAGAUUCCAUGGGGUGAUUUUGGAUCUGAGUAUGUAGUUGAAUCAUCUGGUGUUUUCACUACAGUUGAGAAGGCUGCAGCUCACAAGAAGGGUGGUGCCAAGAAAGUGGUCAUAUCAGCUCCCUCUGCUGAUGCUCCAAUGUUUGUGGUUGGAGUAAAUGAGAAGACAUACAAGCCCAACAUGGACAUUGUUUCUAAUGCAAGCUGCACUACCAAUUGCCUUGCUCCUCUUGCUAAGGUUGUUCAUGAGGAAUUUGGUAUUGUUGAAGGUUUAAUGACAACCGUCCAUGCAACCACAGCAACUCAAAAGACUGUAGAUGGUCCAUCAAUGAAGGAUUGGCGUGGGGGCAGAGGAGCUGCACAAAAUAUCAUUCCUAGUUCCACCGGUGCUGCAAAGGCUGUUGGAAAAGUUCUUCCAGAACUCAACGGAAAACUUACUGGAAUGGCCUUCCGUGUCCCAACACCUAAUGUCUCUGUUGUGGACUUAACUUGUCGACUUGAGAAGAGUGCAUCAUAUGAAGAUGUCAAGGCAGCUAUUAAGUAUGCAUCGGAGGGCCCACUCAAGGGCAUUCUUGGGUAUACUGAUGAAGAUGUUGUCUCCAAUGAUUUUGUUGGUGACUCAAGGUCAAGCAUAUUUGAUGCCAAAGCUGGGAUUGGGUUGAGUGCUUCCUUCAUGAAGUUUGUUUCUUGGUACGACAACGAGUGGGGUUACAGCAACCGAGUGCUGGACCUGAUUGAGCACAUGGCAUUGGUGGCAGCACAUAAUUAA